AUGGGUCGAGCUGGAAUCCAUGUUGAGCACGCCAUUGGAAAUGCAGACUACAAGAUUUGUCAGAGGGCUUGUGCGUAUGCCUUAGGAAGUCCAGUAGCUGUCGUUGCAGAAGACUCUGAUGUUUUCCAGUUGCUAGUUCACCACACAGAUCCUGCUGCUAGUGAUGUAUACAUGGUCGCUGCAAAACGAACUGUCCGCGCUAGCACCAUCAAUCGCAGAGUGGAUGUUAAGCUGUCAGAGUCACUUCUUUUUCUCCAUGCUGUUAGCGGCUGUGAUACGACCUCAAGGCCACAUGGAAUCGGGAAAGUGGGGGUUCUGAAGAAAUAUGCUGCCCUGGCAGAAAGUGCUGCAAUGUUUAUGGCAAGCGAGUCUUCAAAAGUGGCCCUAGAAACAGCUGGCGAAAGGGCCGUACUCAUCAUGUAUGGAAGCCAAGUAGAUGAUUUGAAAACUGCAAGGCUCCAAUAAUUUCAAACGAAAGUGGCCACAUGUACCACCAGAGAAGCUUCCGCCGACAUCAGACGCUGCCCGAUUUCACAGUCACCGUGUCUUUCUCCAGGUACAACUAUGGAAAGGGAACGAUCUUCCUCCUGAGAAGUGGGGAUGGGCGAGAUCCUCAACAGGCCUUGUUCCUGUGCAGAUGUCAGAGCCACUGAGCCAGCAGCCCCAGCGCAGCUCCUGCGAAACAUCAGAUGUAAUUGUGGUGGCAGAUGUGAUACACGAUCUUGCACCUGCUUCAAGAACGGUCUUCAGUGCACUCCAGCGUGCGGCCAAUCUAAAGGCAUUGUAUGCCUAA